CUAAUCGAAUGCUUGCAAUCUGUGGUUUACCCCCGUUGACAUUAUCAUCUGAUCAUGUAUGUGUACUGAGAAUCACACAGUUUCGAAUUAUCUUCGCCUGCUGUAAUUCAGUUUAUUGACUAUUUUAAGCAAAAAGCCGACCACUUGCUUCAGAAUUCCUUCUAGAAAUGGCACAGUUUUCCGUCAAUUAUGUCUAAAAAAACAGAUCACUAUCCAUCAUUGCCAUUAAACAAAUCCUUAUAUCCCUUUCGAAUGACGAAAAUCUGCAACCAUUACUACCUUCAACUCCAACUUGAAUACGACCUUUUCUUGGCUCCCUCAUAAACAACACACAGUCACACACCCACAUACACACUUUUGACUUAAUCGAAAACCUCCAGAGUUUCAACUUUCAACUGCAAAUAUGCACCUUAUUCCUCUGAUUCUCCUGGUGGUAAUAACCAUCAUCAUCCUGAAAUUCCUGUACUCAAUCAUCGGGGUUCCGUUAAAAAUUCAAGCCCAUUUCAGGAAGCAGGGGAUAACGGGCCCGGGCUACCGUCCGUUUUUUGGAAACACGGCGGAGAUCAGGCGGCGGAUGAUCGCCGAAGCUGAAUCCAAACCAUCUUCUUUCAAUCAUGAUGUGGUUCAUCGGGUGGUGCCACACUACUACAAUUGGUCAACGGUGUACGGCAAGAAUUUCUUGUAUUGGUUUGGGCCUAAACCCAGGUUGGCUAUUGGGGACCCAGAUAUGAUCAAAGAGAUUUUGUUGAAUGUUAAUGGCUGCUAUGAAAAGACAAAGUAUAACCCAUUGUCUAAAUUACUGUUUGGUGAGGGACUUGUUGGGCUGUCUGGUGAGAAAUGGGCUGUUCACAGGAGAAUUACAAGCCAGGCCUUUAACAUGGAGAGAAUUAAGGGUUGGGUUCCAGAAAUGGUAGAUAGCACAAGAAAGAUGCUGGAUGCGUGGGAGAAAGAAAGAGGAGAUAGAGAUGAGUUUGAAGUGGACGUGUUUACAAAAUUUCAUAACUUAUCAGCAGAUAUCAUAUCAAGAACUCUUUUUGGUAGUAGUUUUGAGGAAGGGAAGCGAAUUUUCGAGCUUCAAGACCAGCAAGUCAGCCUAGUUUUGCAGGCGAUCAGAAGUGUUUACAUUCCUGGGUUCAGGUUCUUGCCAACAAAGAAGAACAGAAUGAGGUGGAGAUUAGAGAAGGAGACUCGCGACUCCAUUAGGAAGUUAAUUCAGAACAAGAACAACAUUCUAGAGAAUCCGAAAGCCUUGCUUGCUCUGUUAAUGUCUCCCUACAAAAAUCAGAGAGAUGAACUUGAAAGAUUGAACACAGAGGAGAUCAUAGAUGAAUGCAAGACCUUCUACUUUGCUGGAAAAGAAACAACUGCUAAUCUCUUGACUUGGAUUUUCAUUCUUUUAGCUUUUCAUCAGGAAUGGCAAACUAAAGCAAGGGAAGAAGUCUUGCGCACCUGUGGAGACAAUGAAAUAUCUUCUGCAGAUAACUUACCGGACCUUAAAAUCGUGAACAUGAUUAUAAAUGAAGCUCUGCGGCUCUACCCGCCAGCAGUCAUGCUGAUGAGGGAAACAUCCAAGAAUAUCAAGCUUGGAAGCUUGGACAUUCCACCCAACACCCAAUUCUACUUGGCCAUGGCCGCCGUGCAUCAUGAUCCCGUUAUUUGGGGAGACGACGCGAAUGAAUUCAAUCCCCAGAGAUUCGAAACUAAACAGAAGCAUAUGGCUGCAUUUUUCCCUUUUGGCCUGGGACCAAAAAUAUGUGUUGGUCAAAAUCUAGCCCUUGUUGAGGCUAAAAUUGUGUUAGCAGUCAUCAUCAGGCAAUACUCUUUCGUGAUUUCGCCAUCAUAUCUUCAUGCUCCCACACAAUCUGUCACCCUGCAACCUCAGUAUGGUGCCCAGAUUAUCUUUUCCAAGAUCGAAAGUUGAUGAAUAUUCUCUGCAUCCUUUUAGUUUUGUGUAUAUACUAUAUAUAGUAUAUGUAGAGUAUGUGUAACAUGAAUUUAAGUCGCAUUGCUGGUUUAUGGUCUGGCCCAAAAGUUAAAAAAUACUGUUACUAUCAACGCUAUGCUAAUAUGUUUCGGACUUUACUGGCGCCUUAUCAGAAUGGAUUGGCGGAGAGUUAUCAGUUUUAUAGAAUUGCCUAAUCUUUCGAGAUUAAGAUUGGCAAAUAACAAUUAUAUUGGUCAUAUCCCAGAUUAUUUUGAAUUUUGAUCGAAUGUAUUGAGAGCAGAUAUAGAACUAGCACUCCUUCUUCUUCCCCCCCUCUUUCUUCUCUAUGCCGUUUUGGGAUGGAAUUGAUGAGCUUAAUUACUUUGGAACAUAGUCUGUGGUGUUCGGCAACUCCUGAACAUGCAAUAGAACAUUAGUUUGGAUCAUGUCUACAGAGAGUCUAAUUUUGUGGCGGAGUGGCUGUACGGAGUUUGGGGACUUUCCAAGGUUGUUGGUUCCGUCGGUGGAGGUACGAGAAUGGUUUCAACAUGACCUUGUCGGGGUUUCAAAUUUAAAAUAAG